UUAGUAAGGUAUGAAACGUGCACGAUUCUGUUACCUGCGCAAACAUGAAAACGGUUGUUUUCACAAUGAUAACACAGGUAGAGCAGUUACGCACAAAGGUAAAGACGUUGAUACAAGAUGGGGAAAAGCACCAUAACGCCCUUAAGCUUGCUUGACAUUGGCAGUGGCAGGUCAGGGCGGGCUGCUGUAAGUGAAGGACUUUAGAUUGGUAUAUAAACCUAUCAAGGCUGAUAAGUCAUUUUCUGUGGCGUCAGGGACGUUUCCGGAGAACUGUGUGGAAAUAUAAAAAGAUUUCAAGAUUUCGGGGGGAAGAGGUAGUGGGGUUUGGACAACCAUCGAUUUGGACAGAGACUCAAGGACAGGCAUCAUGAGUAAACAGGAUUCCUACGAUAUGUUUGUCGAGAUGGACAACAAGGGGGGAGACGUGAAAAUCAAGAAAAAGAUCAAGAAAAAGGAGAGGAUGGAGAACAUGAAAAAGGAGAUGGACAUUGAUGACCAUGAGAUCCCCAUUGAAGAGCUUGAAAUGAAGUAUACCACAAGCGUAACCAAGGGACUGACCACCACCUUCGCUACGCAAGUCCUGGAGCGAGACGGCCCCAACGAGCUCAAGCCGCCCAAGGGCACGCCGGAGUAUGUGAAGUUUGCCCGGCAGCUGGCAGGAGGACUGCAAUGCCUGAUGUGGGUGGCGGCUGUCAUCUGCUUCAUCGCCUUCGGCAUCGAGCUCGGCAAGGGGGAACCUUCCUGCUACGAUGAUUUAUAUUUGGCUGUCGUUCUGAUUACUGUGGUGGUGGUAACUGGGUGCUUUGGAUACUAUCAGGAAUUUAAGAGCACCAACAUCAUCGCCAGUUUCAAAAAUCUGGUGCCACAGCAAGCUGUGGUAAUUCGAGAUGGACAGAAAAAUGAGAUCACGGCCAGCCAGUUAGUAGUGGGUGACUUGGUGGAGAUCAAAGGUGGUGACCGAGUUCCUGCUGACAUCCGCAUCAUCACUGCGCAGGGCUGUAAGGUAGACAAUUCCUCUCUGACAGGGGAGUCAGAGCCUCAGAGCAAAACUCCAGAGUGCACUCACGAGAGCCCCCUGGAGACGCGAAACAUUGCAUUCUUCUCCACCACCUGUCUGGAAGGAGUUGCCACUGGUGUGAUUAUCAAUACAGGUGAUAGGACAAUCAUUGGACGAAUCGCCAGUCUGGCCUCGGGUGUGGGCAAUGAGAAGACACCUAUUGCCAUUGAGAUUGAGCACUUUGUGGACAUCAUCGCUGGCCUCGCUAUUUUCUUUGGGUUCACGUUCUUCGUGGUGGCCAUGUUCAUUGGCUACGCCUUUCUGGAGGCCAUGAUUUUCUUCAUGGCCAUUGUGGUAGCCUAUGUGCCUGAAGGCCUGCUGGCCACUGUCACUGUGUGUCUGUCUCUCACUGCCAAACGUCUAGCCAGGAAGAACUGUGUGGUGAAGAACCUGGAGGCCGUAGAGACCCUGGGCUCCACCUCGGUUAUCUGCUCCGAUAAAACGGGCACUCUGACCCAGAACAGGAUGACCGUAGCCCAUCUGUGGUUUGACAACAAGAUCCACGCCGCGGAUACGACAGAGGACCAAUCAGGUCAAAGCUUUGACCAGUCAUCAGAGACAUGGAGAGCCCUGGCAAGAGUAGCUGGCUUAUGCAACCGAGCCACCUUCAGGCCCAACCAGGAAACCAUUCCUAUCCCCAGGAGAUUGGUCAUGGGUGAUGCCUCAGAAACAGCCCUGCUGAAGUUUACAGAGUUGACCGUAGGAAACGUCAUGGACUACAGGGCUAGGUUCAAGAAGGUCUGUGAGGUGCCGUUCAAUUCCACCAACAAGUUUCAGCUGUCAAUGCAUGAGCUGGAUGACCCACUUGACCUGCGCUACUUGCUGGUGAUGAAAGGCGCCCCGGAGAGGAUCCUGGAGCGCUGCUCCACCAUUCUGAUUAAGGGCCAGGAGCUCCCUCUGGAUGAGCAGUGGAAAGAAGCCUUUCAGACGGCCUACGAGGAUCUGGGAAGCCUGGGGGAGAGAGUGCUGGGUUUCUGCCACCUGUAUUUGAAUGAGAAGGAGUUCCCCCGUGGCUACAGUUUUGACCCUGAUGACAUGAACUUCCCCACCUCUGGCCUCUGUUUCGCCGGGCUGAUCUCCAUGAUCGACCCACCCCGUGCCACUGUGCCCGAUGCCGUCAUGAAGUGCCGUACUGCUGGGAUUCGGGUAAUCAUGGUGACAGGAGACCAUCCAAUCACUGCAAGGGCUAUUGCAGCAAAUGUUGGCAUCAUUACAGAGGGGAGUGAGACCGUGGAGGACAUUGCCGCCAGAAUGAGGAUCCCUGUGGAGCAGGUCAAUAAGAGGGACGCCCGAGCCUGUGUGAUCAACGGGGGGCAGCUGAAGGACAUGAGUAGCGAGCAGCUGGACGAAUGCCUCAGGAGCCAUCCAGAGAUGGUGUUCGCACGCACCUCUCCCCAGCAGAAGCUUAUCAUCGUGGAGAGCUGCCAACGCCUGGGCUCCAUUGUGGCUGUCACAGGGGAUGGUGUGAAUGACUCUCCCGCCCUGAAGAAGGCUGACAUCGGCAUUGCCAUGGGGAUCUCUGGUUCUGAUGCUGCCAAGAACGCUGCCGACAUGAUCUUGCUGGAUGACAACUUCGCCUCCAUUGUGACAGGGGUUGAGCAGGGUCGUCUUAUCUUCGACAACCUGAAGAAGUCCAUCGCCUACACUCUGACUAAGAACAUUCCAGAGCUGACACCCUACCUUAUUUACAUCACGUGCAGUGUACCUCUACCUCUUGGAUGCAUCACUAUCCUCUUCAUUGAGCUGGCCACCGACAUUUUCCCCUCCGUAUCUCUGGCAUACGAGAAAGCAGAGAGUGACAUCAUGCACCUUAAACCCAGGAACCCACGCAGGGAUCGGCUUGUGAAUGAAUCUUUGGCUGCCUACUCGUAUUUCCAGAUUGGUGCAAUCCAGUCUUUCGCUGGCUUCACUGAUUACUUUGCUGCAAUGGCGCAGGAGGGAUGGUUUCCAUUGAUGUGUAUAGGACUGAGGGGACAAUGGGAGGACGUUCAUCUACAAGACCUGCAGGACGGUUAUGGCCAAGAAUGGACCUUCAACCAACGUCUGUACCAGCAGUACACCUGCUACACCGUCUUCUUCGUCAGUAUUGAGAUCUGCCAGAUUUCUGAUGUCCUGAUCAGAAAAACCCGUCGUCUGUCUGUCUUCCAGCAAGGCUUCUUGAGAAACAAAGUCCUGGUGUCUGCCAUUGUUUUCCAACUCUUACUUGGUAACCUACUCUGCUACUGUCCUGGCAUGCCAAACAUAUUCAACUUCAUGCCAAUCCGAGUGCAGUGGUGGUUUGUACCAGUGCCGUACGGAAUUCUUAUAUUUGUCUAUGAUGAGAUCAGGAAACUUGGAAUCAGACGACAUCCAGGGAGCUGGUGGGACCAGGAGUUGUAUUACUAAGAGAAGAUUGUUUAUCUAAAUAUUACUCUAGGAAUUUUAAAUACAAAUAAUAUUUAGUAAUUUAAAUGUUCAACACAAAUGAAAAUAUAUCACUAAGAUUUUUUGAAGUCCUGAUAAUAUCAGUAGUAAAUGAAAUUCAAUAAUUUACCAUAUGAUGCAUAAAUGUAUAGGCCUAUUGAGGGGGAAAGCACCAUCAACAUCAUAGCUAAUAGAUUAAAUAUGGUGCUGGCCUGUUCCUCUUUUUUUCAAGACUUUACUGGAUCAAGAUCAAAAUCAUUAAUUGAGAGAGUGGUUUUGACAGUACAAUUUGAAAUAAUUUGUAAGGUACCUGCAUUGAUGUUAAAUUUUUUUUCCCAUGAAGUAUGUUUUAGAAAAUCUAACUAAUUUAUAAGACGUAUGUUUUUGAUUAUUCAUAUUUGUUUAAAAGAUGUCUGUAACCUGUUAAAUGUAACAGCACUAAACAUGAAAUGUAACAAGUUGACUAGCCUAAAUGACACCUACAUUUUUACUUUAAAUAAAUUAAGCCUUUAUAGUAAGUUGGGCUCAUUUUGUGAAUAAUGCUAUAUUAAAAGGCUAAAAAUA